GGAACCAACCAAUCGGAGCCCACGGUUAGUGACGGUGAGGCGGAAAUGGUUUGAUGCACCUGCCGGAGCAGAGGACGGAUGUUCGUGAAGUGAAAGCAGCAGAGCAGCUCCCCCACCGGUGAACGCGCUGGAAGUGAUGUCUGUCUGCCGGCUGUAGCGUCUUCACAGCAAGAGGAUGCAGAUCCUGAUUGCCAAGCUGCUUGGCCUGCUGGGGCUGUUUGUUCUCAUGCUAGCUGGUAUUCUGGCCCCAGUGCGCCUCCUGCUGGCCGACCACGACAAAGCCAACAGGUACAGACGGGGGCUGGCUCUGUGCAACUCAUUCGGAGGCGGCGUGUUCCUGGCAACAUGCUUCAACGCUCUGCUGCCGGCCGUCAGAGACAAGGCGGACGCCGUCUUCCAGCAGCUGAAGAUCAGCAGCGACUACCCGCUGGCUGAGACCAUGAUGAUGGUGGGCUUCUUCAUCACCGUGUUUGUGGAGCAGGCCAUCCUGACCUUCAGGAAGGAGAAGCCGUCCUUCAUCGACCUGGAGACCUUCAACGCCGGCGGGUCGGAGGCCGGGAGCGACUCCGAGUACGACGCUCCCUUCAUCCCGUCGCCGCGGGGCUCUGCGGCCAGAGACGGGCGGACGGGCCGCGGACACCAGCACGGACACUUUUCAGCGGCCGAGCUGGCGGGGGCGGGGCCUCUGAGGCUGGCCGGGCUGGUUCUGGCCCUGUCGGCCCACUCGGUGUUCGAGGGGCUGGCGCUCGGCCUGCAGGAGGACGGAGCCAAGCUCGGCAGCCUUUUCCUGGGCGUGGCCGUCCACGAGACGCUGGCCGCCGUCGCCCUGGGCGUCAGCGUGGCCAAGGCGUCGCUCGGCAUGAAGGACGCCGCCAAGCUGGCCGUCACCGUCAGCCUGAUGAUCCCGCUGGGGACGGUGGUGGGGAUGGGCAUCGAGUCGGCCCAGACGCUGGCGGGCAGCGUGGCGUCGGUGCUGCUGCAGGGACUCGCCGCCGGGACCUUCCUGUUCGUCACCUUCUUCGAGAUCUUGUCCCGGGAGCUGGAGGGGAAGCAGGACAGACUCCUUAAAGUGCUCUUCCUCAUCCUGGGCUACGCGGUGCUCGCCCUACUCGUCUUCAUCAAGUGGUGACAGACAGGAAGUGGGCGGAGCUGCUCUUUAGUAGAUACAAUCAAGGCCACGUCACUUCCUCUGUGCGGUGCGCCCCCUCUGGGGCAAAGCAGGUACUACGGUUUGAACGGGGGUUGAAGCGCUUCCUGUGUUUGGUGCAUUAAAGUAUAAAAUAAGCUGCA